GUCGUUUGAGCAGCACGCUGCUCGUACAGCAGUUGAAAAAUCAUUCCCGACCCAAACGCUAGGAGGAAAAUUACUGUGAAAUUUCAAUAUCCCACACAAAGUAAACCUGAAAUAGCGAUGGCAGAGCGUAAAUUUUGGAUCAAAGUAAUAACUGUAAUAACAGCUUUAACGAUGGCCAGUUAUACACAGGCCCAAAUGAAAAAGAUUGUGAGUCCGUUAUCUGAAUAUACCCAUCAAAACAACCAAGCUUGCAUCAAAUACUUGAAUUCGACGCUGGCUGGAUUUUUUCAAAAGUUUAACCGACCAUUAAAUGCUAGUAGUAGAAUGCUUCGCAUUGGCCCAGACGUCGAGCAGAUAAUAAACAAAGAACUGACUAACUUGAUGUUGAAAUGUAGACAAACUCCAGUUGGAUCUUCGCCACAAAUCACUGCACACCUCAACCAGAGUGGAAGGAAUUUUUACGUUGAACAGCUGGCCAUUCAAAAACUUGAUUUCAAGCCGAGGCUCAAAACUGAAAUGAACAAUAUAAUUAAAAUAGACAAUCUAAAAGCUAGGCUGAAUUAUUUGUUAGCACAAAAGGCAAGCCAAGAAACGUUAAACAAGCAGCAAGAAAAACUUCUAAGAGAUUACCGAGAACAAAUCAGACUACUCAAGUUGGGCAUAGAAUUCAUGAUAUCGGAUAAAGAACAUGAGCGUCUAAGUGGCAUACAAUAUAUCAAUAAACUAAAAGUAAUCAACGUUGAAUUGGCUAACGCACCUAAAAAAUAUGCCAAUCUGAAGGCACAGCACGACGAGAUAAUGAGCAAGUAUUGUGACUGCGUAAAAUGUCAACUUAAUGAAAAACCGAGUUUAGGAUUUUAUACGGAAAGAUUACUGUUUGUAGCUGAUAACAAGACAACUACUGAAACUAACUAACUCAACUAACUUGGCCUACUGAAGAAUCGACUACUUCAUUAUA